CGGAGCGUUGAGGCUGGAGGCAGCGGGCUGAGACCGCGCCGCUCUCGGCCGGGGACUCCAGAUCCAGGCUCCAUCCUGCAGGAGAGCGCAGCACCCUCUGGUCCCGCAGAAGCAGCCAACAUGCCUGUCUCCAAGUGCCUGCAGAGGUCGGAGCCUCUGUGGAAGGGGUGGGACCGGAAGGCCCAGAAGAACGGACCGAGGCACCAGGUGUUUGCUGUCAAUGGCGAUCACUAUGUGGGCGAGUGGAAGGACAACACGAAACACGGGAAAGGAACACAGGUCUGGAAGAAGAACGGAGCCAUCUAUGAGGGGGACUGGAAGUUUGGGAAGCGAGAUGGCUAUGGAACCCUCAGCCUUCCUGAUCAAGAGACCGGAAAGUACAGGAGAGUCUACUCAGGCUGGUGGAAAGGCGAUAAGAAGUGUGGCUAUGGGAUCCACCUUUUCGGACCCAAGGAGUAUUACGAGGGUGACUGGUGUGGCAACCAGCGCAGCGGGUGGGGCCGCAUGUACCACAGCAACGGAGACAUCUACGAGGGCCAGUGGUGUAACGACAAGCCGGAAGGGGAGGGCAUGUUACGCCUGGAGAACGGGAACCGCUACGAAGGCAGCUGGCAGAGAGGCAUGAAGAAUGGGUCAGGGCGUUUCUUCCACCUGGACCACGGUCAGCUGUUUGAAGGCUUCUGGGUUGACAACGUGGCCAAGUGUGGCACAAUGAUUGACUUUGGCCGCGAUGAGGCCCCCAAACCCACCCAGUUCCCCAUUCCUGAGGUCAAAAUUCUAGAUCCUGAUGGUGUGUUGGAAGAAGCCUUGGCCAUGUUCAAGAAGACAGAGGAGGGAGAUUGAUGCCAGAGAGAACACCAGCAUUUCUGGAGGAAUUCAAACCGGAGUCACCCAACUGCUGGAACCUGUGUGG